AUGAAUCUGAUCUUCAAAACAAACAAAGACCCGUAUCUUGGAGUUAUCUGUAGCUUAACGCUUCCCCACCAGUUCUUUCUUUCAAAGGCUCUGUCGUACGACUUGAACAAAAGAGAAGGGAUUUGCAAGUUCUUCUUUGUGAGACAGAACACGGAGAAGAAUGGUGUUUCUUUCUCAGUGUUGGGUGUUGUGGGACCCACCGAAACCGCGUUAGUGACGAGGAACCCCUAA